AUGUGCCGGGCUUAUCGGGCGCCUGAUAGAUCAGGCCAGGAUACGGACACCACAACCGCCAAGUUUGCGGCGCUGAUGGAGAGGAUCGCUACCUUGGAAAGGGAGCUUCAAAAGGCGAGGUCAGGUGAAGGGCAAGAUGCAGCCGCGAGGGAUCCCGUUAGAAACGGAUCAAGCGGUAUAGGAGCGAGCGGUGCGGCGAAUGCGCCGCCAUGUUUGAGCGGAACGCCAGGGCAGAACUUGAGUGGAAAUCUGCCGCCAUUGUUGAGUGGAAAUCUGGCACCGAAUUUGGCUGAGUCAGUGACGCCAUUUUUACAUGAACAGUUGCCGCCAUUAUUGAGUGGAAACCUGCCGCCACAAUCGAGUGGAAAUCUGGCAAUAGGGCAACAAGUCACACUCAGUACAAACAGUACAACGUUAAGCUAUUCCACACCAUGCUGCGUGACGGCUACUGUGCAGCCAGCACUAAGCUACAUGCAAGCUACGCGGGAACCUCUUCGCAACCUGAUGGUACCCCCGCAAUCAACUGGUUCAUACGGAAUAGCUUCGCCGAGCCCGUUAAUUGGAUGGACGCCGCGCAGACUGCCUGAUCUUCCAGAGUUCGAAGGUCAGCCUGAGGAAUGGCCAAUAUUCCAAUGCGCGUUCACGGAGACGACGGCGGCGUAUAAUUGUACUGCGUUGGAGAACAACCAGAGGCUAGUGAAAGCCCUGAAGGGUGAAGCGCGAGCAUCUGUCAAGUCGCUGCUUAUACACCCGAAUAACGUUCAGGCUGUAAUGGAUCAGCUACGUUUCCGAUAUGGACGCCCGGAGCAACUGAUACGUAGCCAACUGGAAAGCGUGCGAGAGGUGCAGCCGAUCCAAGAACACAAUAUAAUAAAGAUCGUGCCGUUUGCAACACGGGUCAGCAAUCUCGCAGCGUUUUUACAGUCAAGCCCGAACGGGGAGCAGCACCUAGGAAAUCCUACAUUGAUGGAAGAGCUGAUCGCCAAGCUACCACUGAGCAAAAGGUUGGAUUGGGCCAGGCACGCCGCCGUAAUAGGGUGCUACCCAACUGUCGCGCACUUGAGCGAAUGGCUAAACGAACUCGCUAAAUUAGUGUGCACUAUUACGAGCAGCGACAGCAAGGAUCCUAAGCGUAGGGUAUUGCACGCCAGCACCAGUCAGAAGGAUCAGGAUCUAUUUGAAGAUCAUCCCAGGAGUUGCCCAAUUUGCGAGGGGCAACACACUAUCAAGGACUGUAAGGAUUUCAACCACGCUACUCCGACUGCCCGUAUGGAGUAUGUAAGAAAGCAUCGGAUUUGUUUCUCGUGCCUGGAGAGCGGUCACAUGUCCAGGUUCUGCAAGAGAAACAGCAAGUGCAACGUCUACGGAUGCCAGAUGGGGCAUCACUACCUCCUGCAUGACGGGGUGGGCAACCCCACACGGCCAUCGCAACCCCACGGUCGACCAUGGCCAAAUGAAAGGAGCGAUCGCGGUCGCAUGAAGUCCACUUACGGCAUCUGCACAGACGCAGGAUGCAUGGCGCAAGCGGACGAAGGCCGUCAGCCAAGUGACGGGAAUGGAUUGCCACAUCGGAACCUAAGUUGCGUCGAUCCGGAUGGAGGACACUUACUAUUCCGUAUUUUGCCCGUGACGCUGUACGGGGAGGAUACGCAGCUGGAUACCUACGCGCUGUUCGACGAAGGUUCGUCCGUGACCCUGAUCGACGAGGAGCUCACUCGAAGCCUAAACCUAAAAGGCGAGAGUCGGCAGCUCAACAUUCAAUGGUUCGGUGGCAAGUCAGCGAAAGAGAACACAAAGAUGGUCAGCCUCCAGAUUAGUGAAGCGGGCAGACCGAAACGCCAUGCUUUGAAAAAUGUGUAUGCGGUCUCUAACCUCAAUCUUCCGAUGCAAAGUCUGCGUCGGGAAGAUGUCAAAGCGGCGAAGGCUUCUGCACGCCUGCCGAUGAAACCGUAUCGUAAUGCGGUCCCGAGGAUUUUAAUCGGACUAGACCAUGCGCACCUAGGAAUACCUAUGCAAAACAGGAGCUUCGGAGCAGGAGGACCCUAUGCAGCCGCCACCAAGCUAGGAUGGGUGGUUUUUGGUCCUGUAAGAAGUCAGAUGAGUUCACCAAUGCAAAGAUCGUGCCUCCUAGCCGUCCCACAGUAUGAUCAUCUCGAGAAGAUGGUCAGCGACUAUUUCGAAAUAGAGAAUUUCGGAGUGAAGCCGGCGCCACCAGUCGCAGCUAGUGGCGACGCACGGGCUUUGGGAAUCCUGAACGAGACGACUAGGCGAGUGGGCGAACGAUACCAAACUGGAUUGCUGUGGAAAGAUGAUAAAGUGAGCCUGCCUGACAGCUAUAACAUGGCACUCAAAAGACUUGUCGGCAUUGAAAGGAAGAUGAGACGGGAUGACAGCUUUGCACGGGCCUACAAGUCGAUCAUGGAGGACUACGUCAACAAGGGUUACGCACGACGCCUGGAGCAGCAGGAAGUGGCAGCCGAUAACCGGGACAAGAUCUGGUACCUGCCGCACUUCGGGGUCGAGAACCCAAACAAGCCCGGAAAGAUCCGUCUAGUCUUCGAUGCCGCAGCCAAAGUGGGCAAUACAUCUUUGAACUCAGUUCUACUCAAAGGCCCACAACAGUUCAAGUCCCUGCCAGCCGUGCUCUUCCAUUUCCGGGAAGGAGCAGUCGGGGUCUGCGCAGACAUAAAGGAGAUGUUUCAUCAGGUGCUGAUACAGCCCCAGGAUAGAUGCGCCCAGAGAUUCCUGUGGAGGAAUGGAGAUGACCGGCGAGAUCCAGAUCUGUUCGAAAUGGUUGUGAUGACGUUCGGAGCCGCUUGUUCGCCGUGCUCAGCGCAUCAUGUGAAGACCAUAAACGCUUCAAGAUACGCCCAAGCAGAUCCUCGCGCGGUUCAGGCCAUCAAUGAGUAUCACUAUGUAGAUGACUACGUGGAUAGUUUCUCGGACGAGAAAGAAGCUAUCGCUGUAUCAGAACGAGUAAGGAAAAUUCAUGCUGAGGCCGGUUUCGAUUUGUGCCGCUUCUCAUCAAGUUCGGAAAGUGUGGUCAAGGCUUUGAACCCACUAGGAUCCAAUAAGAACGUUGAAUGGAAUGAAGCGGAGGAGAAAAUAUUAGGCAUGUACUGGCACCCAGCGACGGAUGACUUUAAAUUCAGCGUAAAGUACCACAGGGUUCCCAGCAGGGUGAUGACCGGAGAACGUGCACCCACCAAGAGAGAAUUCCUAAGUCUGGUUAUGUCAACAUUUGACCCGAUAGGAUUCUUGAGCUGCUUCAUGGUAACCGCCAAACUAUUGAUGCGUGAGAUUUGGCGGAGAGGAGUUCAGUGGGACGAGCCGUUGCCGGAUGAGUUAGCCAAAGCGUUUGAGAGCUGGAGGCUGGAAAUGGAUUACGUGAGAGAUUUCCGCUGUCCACGCUACUACUUUGGCACGGGAUGCGUACGUGAACUGCAGCUACAUGUGUUUGUGGACUCCAGCCAAUCGGCGUUCGCAGCAGUUGCAUUCUGGAGGGCGACUUAUGACAACGAUGAUGUGCGGUCCUAUUUCGUGUGUUCCAAAACGAAAUGCGCCCCGAUGAAGACGAUGACGAUCCCGCGCCUGGAGCUCCAAGCAGCUGUAUUAGGAACCAGGCUGAUGGACACCGUAAGACGAGAGCACGACGUAUCGAUCAGCAGAUGCGUGCUAUGGACUGACUCUAAGACCGUGCUGCACUGGAUAAGCAGCACCCACCGGCGGUAUAAGCAGUUCGUUGGAAACCGGGUGGCGGAGAUCUUAGAGUCAACGGAGGUGUCUCAAUGGAGGUGGAUACCGUCUGCCGAAAACGUGGCAGAUGACGCGACGAGGCCACAGCGCCAUGUGGACCUCAGCCAAGGGGCAAGGUGGAUGAGCGGGCCAUCAUUUCUGCGGGAGUCGGAAGAACAGUGGCCCAAGCCAUCUCCAAGUGAUCGCGACAGUCCACACUCCGCAGAAGAAGAGAUGCCGUGUGAGUUUACACUGGUAAUUGCCAACGAGUUUAUAUUUUUGCAGAGAUUUUCGAAUUAUAAUCGAUUGGUCAGGACCACAGCGUGGAUCCUCAGGUUCAUACGACGGUGCCGUGGAUUGAGUGACGAGAGUGAGGCCUACGGUAUUACAGCUACUGAGUGCGCGGAGGCAGAACGGAAACUGAUCCAGCGCGCCCAGGCUGAUACGUUCGCAGAUGAAGUUCAAGGAAAGGCAGUGGCGAAAGGCAGUCAGUUACGAGGACUAUCCCCUUACGUCGACCACGAUGGAAUCAUACGAGCGCGUGGACGGAUUGAUGCCGCCGAAUGCGUCCCAUUCAACGCACGGCGCCCGAUCAUACUGUCGCACAAACACGCACUGGCAGAGAUGAUAGUUCGUCACUACCACAGGAAGAUGAAGCACCAGAAUCUAGACGCGACCAUAAGCGAGAUCCGGACCAGGUUCUGGAUAACCAAUUUAAGGAGAGUUUUACGGAGUGUUAUGGCAACCUGUAACUUAUGCAAACUCCGGAGAGUACGACCAAUUCCGCCAUUGAUGGGUCCGUUGCCAGAGGACCGGCUGGAGCCGAAUGGAUGGCCAUUCAAGUAUACUGGCUUGGACUACUUUGGUCCGCUGUUUGUGACGAUUGGACGUCGCACUGAGAAGAGGUGGGUCGCACUCUUUACUUGUCUAACCACCAGGGCUGUCCACCUGGAGAUAGCCCACGAUUUGUCAACAGAUUCCUGCAUCAUCGCUAUGAGGAAUUUUAUGUGCCGCCGUGGACCGGUGGUCAGAUUGAGGAGCGACAAUGGAAAGAACUUUAUUGGAGCAGAUCGUGAGGCCAGAAAGUUCGAUGAAGUCUUCGAACCAGAAAAGAUCCAGGAUGAGCUGUCAUCCAAAGGAAUCGAAUGGAUCUUUAACUGUCCCGCGAACCCAGCUGCCGGCGGCAUCUGGGAAAGGAUGGUCCAAUGUGUGAAGAAGGUGCUCGCGCAUACUGUGAAGGAGGUGGCUCCUAAGGAACACGUCUUGGAGAGCUUUCUUAUUGAGGCGGAGAAUAUUGUUAAUUCUCGUCCGCUUACCCACCUUCCAGUCACUGUGGAUCAGGAGGCACCGCUAACGCCCAACGAUCUGCUAAGAGGAGUGGCUAAUGUUCCGGACCUUCCUGGAGAUCGCGGAGAGCAGCCUGUCAAGUGCGCUACUAGGAAGCAGUGGCGUAUCGCACGGAUGAUGAGAGACAGAUUUUGGAAACGUUGGGUACAUGAGUAUCUACCGACGCUUGUUCGCAGGGAGAAAUGGUGCGAGCAUGUCGAGCCUAUGCGCCCAGGGAAUCUCGUGUACAUCUGUGAUCCGGCCAUCCCUCGUCGAGAAUGGAGGAAAGGCGUCGUGGAGGAAGUGUACCCAGGAGCGGAUGGAGUACCACGACGAGCGGCGGUACGCACUACCAAUGGCGAUCGAGCUAAGUUAAUCAUGCGUCCCAUCUCCAGAUUGGCUAUCCUGGAUGUGGUGAAUGCAGUUGCUUCACCGGGGUGGGGAUGUCGUGGAACGGAUUAACAUAUCGCUCAAGGUUUAGUAAAUUUAAAUGUAGCGCCAAGUAUUUCAGUAUUUGUUAUCGAUGUUGUAAAUCGUUAGAGAGAUCAUAUUGUAAAGCUAAAUGCGGUCACACGAAAUGGUGAAUUGUAAGCCAGAAUCUCCCGCUCAGAUUUAUUCCGAUUGGAGAGAUCAAAGAGACUGGGAGGCGAGACUGCGAAUAAAACAUCGUCGUUUGUUUAUGCUAUUGUUCUA